UUUCAACAUGGCUGCCUUCAUGCGGCUGUUUUGAACUCAGGAAUGUCCAAAACUUUCUAUUUGUACUAAGAGGUCCAUUUUGAAAGUCAAGAUGUUACACGGGGAAUUAUAGAUACAGUAAGCAUCGGAUCAACCGAUAAGAGGAUUUAAGGAAAGAAUUAAGAAGAGCCUGCGUCCAUUUCUGUCGGCAGACAAAAUUUUGACAAGUCGAGACUGGUUCAGUUUGUUGUUUCAGGGUAUAUAAGAUACCAAGAUGGAGGAGGAGACUACAGUGUCGACCUCCUACGUGUUCCGAGGGAUUGAGUACAUCGUAACAAUGUCCACCCAGGCCCAGAGUCUGACCCUGGAGGUAGAGGACAGAUUAACGGCUGACCAAUGGCGGGCUACGUUUGAUUCUGCAUAUAUUGAGGAUCUGACCCAUAAAACAGGAAACUUCAAACAGUUCCACAUCUUCAAUAGUAUGUUGGAGUCUGCUGUCACUCAGAGCAGUGACAGUGUAUCCUUGGACCUGCUCACCUACUCAGACCUGGAGUCCCUUAGACAGAGGAAGACCAAUGUCCCCAAGUCCUCCAUACCAUCCAACAGAUCGGUGUCUGUUAACUCAAAGCGUUACCUCAUCCUUACUUACACUGUGGAGUUUGACAGGAUCCACUACCCCCUCCCAAUUCCUUAUAUGGGGAAGCCUGACCCCCGUCGUCUUCAGGAGACCAUCCGGCAGCUCAGGGAGGAGCUGAAAGCUAUACGUCAACAGGGAGGAUCAGAUUUCAAGUCCAAAGAAAUGGAAAAGUUACAGCGAGACUAUAAAACAUUGCUGAAGGAAAAGGAGGAAAUAGAGGCAGAGUUUCUGCAGUACAGACGAGAGAUGAAAAACACGUCGUCAGGAAAUGCCAUCAAGGAGAUUCGAGUAUUAAAAACAUUUAGUAAGAGUCUGGAGGAGGAAUUGAUGAAGGAGAAGACACGACACCAACGUUCUGCCAGUAAACGGGGCCAGGAAUAUAGAGAGCUGCUGGAGGAGGUAGAGGAGUUGAGGGCAUCAGAAAGGAAUCUCCAUGUUCGGGUGAAGAGCUUAACCAAUGAGCUUGCCAUGUACAAAAGAGACAGACUACACCCGCCAGUCCACCACCAGAGGUCAUCAAGACCUUCAGCACGAGACAGAUUUCCCUCCAGAGAACGGUCAGUAUCUCGGGAAAGAUCUCUGUCCAGGGAUAGGUCCUGGUCUAGUGACCGAUUGUCAGUCAAGGAGAGGUCAUUGUCCCGCGACCGUGACCGUCCUUCAUCAGCUCCUAACAGGAGUCGAAACUCUUCAUACAGAAACUCAUUCACCAAGCCCCGAAGUCGCACGCCUUCCCCCUCCCCAGCAGGUGCUAGAAAUCCAAGAUUUGAUCCUUCAGCUUAUAUCAAAGAUCAAGAACAACGAAAAACAGAAAGCAGAUUAAAAAAACAGAGGCAAGUGAAGUCUAAUUUAUCUGGCUGCUCCAACAGAUCCAAACAGUCACCAAGCUCCUCCAGAAUAAAUUCUAGUCGUCUCUCAGCAGCGAGCAGUCGAAACAGGUCACGGACGUCGUCAUUUGGAAGUGUAGGUGAAUUGAGUGAUGGAGGGAUGUCGGAUUCUUCCUACUCUCGUUUAAGAACAUACAACAAGAAUUACACAAGAAACAAACGAACAGAACAACAGACAAACCCUUAUCUGUCCAGUCCUGAUGUGCCACAGAAAACAACAAGCAGAAUAAAUGCCAAAUCAAGAAACCACAAAAAAAUUCCCGUGUCCAGUACGCCUGACAACCACUAUCAAACCAAGAGGAAGCGCCCUCUACGGAACAAGGAAAACUUCCCGGUGGAGAGUGGAGAGGAUAGUGAUUAUUUUGACCGAUCAGUUGAAAUCUCAGAAAUUGAUGAAAGACUGACCCGACUACAGCAGCUGAUGAAGACCAGCAUGGAAUGACCAGUAGGAUGUGAUUAGUGUUAAUACAGUGGUCACCACUGUGAUCGGUUUGGAACCUCACAGCAGUUAUAGUGGUCAUUUGUGUAGAGCUGACCAUCUUAAGUUACAGAUUGUCAAUGACAAAAGUCUGAAGUAUUAAAUCCUAUAGGGAAGUCUGCAUAUAGAACACAGAAGAUUCAGGCUACUUCCAUAAAUAUUUGAUAGUUGUAAGGCUACUGUAGCUGUGUGAGAACACACCGAUGGUGAAAUGGAUUUAAGGAUAAUCUGCUAGUCCAGGAUUUUACUCAAGGCCUUAUUCAGCCAUUAGAAUAUCUUACUCUGGCCUGUGUCCAAUCAGGCCAAGAUCUUACUCAGGGCCAGAGUCCAAUCAGUAGAGGAUUUAGGUUCUUGCACACGGACUGUGUCAAAUCAGUACUUUGGGCCUAUAUGCAUUCAGGGCUGUGUCAAAUCAGUACUUUGGGCCUAUAUGCAUUCAG